GUAGCAGUGGCAUACAUUCUAACGUAGCUUAGUUUAGUUGAAAGCUGAAGAGUGAGGUAUAUACGUCGCGUGUUAAUCGCUGUGCUAGUUAUUACGUUUUUUUCUGUUGCAUUUUUUGUGUUCAUGGCUGUAUAUUAUCAAGCUACAUAAAAACCAUAUCAGAUUACCAGGUUCUAGGUGAAGUGGCACGUAUAGUCCUGCACGAAUCUCUAUCUCAUUUACAAAUAUAAGUUCCGUUAUCGAUUGAUCUUUGGAUCCUCCUAAUAAGAGAAAGCGGAAGAAAAUUCUUAUUCGACGAACAGAUCCCUUUACGGAGUCAUUUCCAUAGCUGAUAAAUAUGCAAUUUGUGGCAAUUCGUGACUGACUCAAAAGCAUGUUGACUGUCUGGAAUGCAUGAGAAUCGUCUGAAGGAAGGAAGGAAUAUAAUACUCAUAAACAUUGAGGGAUAUUGAAGCAAUGUGAUAUACGCGCGAAUCUGUAGACAUAACUGCUUAUUAUAUCAAAAAUCAUAAGUCAGGAUGGCUUUAUCCAUCUAUUUGUUAGCUGCUAUUACAGCUAUUCUGGGAACGGUGUACGGUUUGGAAGGGCCAAACAUAUGUACCAGGCAAGAAACGUAUACGAUAACAGUGAGGAUAUCGGAGCAGAAACCUUAUACUGUACGAGAGAACACUUGGUGCUUAAGUUUUCCCCCAAGAUGCUCCAAAUAUAGGGUGGUAUUCAAAACGAUAUACAAGGAACAGGAAAUAACAAAACAGAGACCAGUAGAAGAAUGUUGCAAAGGCUAUACAAAGACCAAUGAUGACAAUCGUUGCAUUCCAAUCUGUUCCAAGGACUGUGUUCAUGGCACUUGCAUUGCACCAGACGUCUGCAAGUGUGAGUCAGGAUAUGGGGGUCCGUUAUGCGAUUAUAAGUGUCCGUCUGGAAAAUGGGGCAAGUCUUGCGAAACGGAUUGCAUGUGCCAGAACGGAGCUACUUGUGACCCAUUCGACGGCAAAUGCUUGUGUAACAGAGGCUGGACCGGUAAAUACUGUAGCCAAGAAUGUCCUCCUGAUCGAUAUGGUCAAGAUUGUGGUGAAGAGUGCCGUUGCAGAAACGGUGGGAGCUGUCACCACAUUUCUGGCGAGUGUCAUUGUGCUCCUGGUUACACAGGACCCCUCUGCGACGAUUUGUGUCCGCCGGGAAAACACGGCGAUGAAUGUAAAUCAGAAUGCAAGUGUCAGAAUGGUGGUUCUUGCAAUCCUACAACCGGUGAAUGUUAUUGUACACCUGGAUGGACUGGUUCAGUCUGUGCGAAUCGGUGUCCGGAAGGUUUCUGGGGUAAAAACUGUUCUCAAGAGUGUGAUUGUUACAAUGGUGCUGGAUGCCAUCAUAUCACUGGGGAAUGUGAAUGUAAACCCGGUUAUUAUGACGAAAAGUGUUUAAAAAUUUGCACCGAAGGAACGUUCGGUUUAAAUUGUACAAGCAACUGUAGCUGCGAAAAUGGUGCAAUUUGUUCACCGAUUAAUGGAUCUUGUACUUGCAGUCCCGGUUGGAUGGGUGAGAAAUGCAAUAAGCGUGUUUGUCAGGAUGAAUUCUGGGGACCCAACUGUACAAAAGUUUGCGAGUGUGAGAAUGACAAUACAGAAAUGUGUCAUCCGUGGACUGGAAAGUGUAUUUGUAAACCAGGAUGGGAUGGCGAUACUUGUGCCAGACCUUGUCCGUUUUAUAUGUACGGGAAAGGCUGUCAAAAUCGUUGUAAUUGCAAGAACAACGCGCAGUGUUCACCCAUAAAUGGAACUUGCAUUUGUGCGCCAGGAUACAGAGGUGAGGACUGUAGUGAAGUAUGUCCUGACAACACUUAUGGCGAAAAUUGUGCACAAAAAUGUGUCUGCAAAAAUGAUGCCACUUGUUUACCUGAGAAUGGCCGAUGCAACUGUACAGCAGGAUGGGUUGGUGUUUCGUGUGAUCGUCCCUGCGACGACAAGUCUUUUGGCAAGGACUGCGAGGGCAAAUGCAAAUGCUUUAACAAUGCCGCCUGCAAUCCACAAAAUGGCACAUGCACGUGUGCAGCUGGCUUCACCGGCGAAUUUUGCCAAGAUCAUUGUGAAAAAGGAUUUUUUGGGCUGGGAUGUACUCAGGUCUGCGAUUGUCACAAGGAAAAUAGUCUAGACUGUGAUCCUGCCACGGGUCGUUGCAUCUGUAAGCCAGAAUGGCGAGGUAUCCGUUGUGAAACCAAGUGUCCAGAAGGCCUUUAUGGUGAUGACUGUCAUUCACAAUGUGAGUGUAUGAACAAUAGUUCAUGUGAUCCAGAAACAGGCACUUGCAUUUGUGCCAGAGGUUGGGAAGGGAUUGAUUGUUCUCAGCCCUGUAAAGAAGGGUGGUAUGGGGUGCGUUGCAAGGAAAAGUGUCCAGAAAAAAUACAAGGAAACAUGACAUGUGAUCAUGUCUCUGGUGAAUAUGUUUGCCGACCUGGAUACUUAGGAUUAACAUGUGAGCAUCCUUGUCCACCUAAUCGUUAUGGAUUAAAUUGUGCUAGUCAUUGCCGCUGUAAAAACGGUGGCGAGUGUCAUCACGUUACAGGCGUGUGUCAAUGUCGACCUGGUUGGCACGGCGAAUUCUGCCAAACACCCUGUCCAGACGGGACAUAUGGCAUGAACUGUAGUCAACAUUGUACAUGUCAGCAUGGAGGAAAAUGCAGGUCUAAUGAUGGUCAUUGCCGUUGUGCACCUGGUUGGACUGGCACCAAAUGUACUGAGAUCUGCCCAGAAGGGUAUUAUGGCGAUCACUGUAUGGAACCGUGCGACUGUAAGAAUGAUUUCUAUAUUUGUCAUCCUGUUGAAGGUUGUGUCUGCAGACAUGGAUACACAGGUCCAAAUUGUGACGAAGAAUUAUUUUCACGUAACAUUCAAGAAAGAGAUGAAACCGGCUAUGGCACUAUAGUAACAGGAUUUUUAUUUGCUGCAAUUGUUGUUAUUGCAAUGACAUUCGCAGGAUGGGUAUAUCAUCGGCGCAGAGUAGCAGAUUUGAAGAACGAAAUUGCACAAGUACAAUAUAUCGCUGAACCUGUUUCUCCUCCAGAGCAAACUCAGUUUGAUAACCCCGUGUAUGCCUAUCAAGGCUCUUCAAAAUUCGAUGAUGGAACAGCUACUUUAUUGAAUAACUUCCAAUUCAGAAAUAAUCUUGGAACAAGCAAGAAGAUAAAUAAUGAGAAAGCUAAACUUGGAAUGAACAGUUGUACAGAUGAUGAGGAUGACUGCAAAGGAUCACUUCGAUAUGAUCUAAAGAACAGAGAUGCAGAUAUGGGAAAUCCAAACCUUAAUGUGUACCAUAGCAUCGACGAAAUGGAUGGGAAAAAGAUAGAACAUGUUUACGAUGAAAUCAAGCAAAAUAACGACGAAUCAGAAUACGAUCAGUUAGAUAAUCCAAGACCAGUUAGCGGUUACAAACAGUACAGUCGAAUGCCAAAUGGUUUCUGCUCGAAAUCGUCGGACAAUGCAGGACCUAGUAGUUUGAAAGAUAAGGAUCCAGAACUUGGUGAAAUGUAAAUUUAUCUUAGAUCUCAGGCUGAAUCAUGCAGGUUUAAAAUUUUAAUACUAUAUGCCUUUGAUGUAACUUAAAGAAGCAGAUUUUAAGAAUCUUAUCAUUUUGAAUGAUUAGUCUGUUGAUAUCUUUAAAAUUUUCACAUGUUAUUAAUCUGAGUCUUGAGAAAAUCUUCAGAAAACCUUAAAAAAUCUCAUAAAAGCAUAAGUAUUUUCAUUUAAAAAAUACAAAUGUAUUUUGAUUGCUCAGUAUAUGCAUGUACAUAGUUUUAUAAUAAUACUGCGAAUAGUCAAA